AUGUCGGCGCCACCGCCUCCGACACAUGAGUUUGGUUGCGAUCCACUUCCUGUUGGUACUCAGGGCAAGAAACUGCAAGUGGCACCAGAACCCCUCUCGACUGCGAUUAUGCAAUCUGCUGAAAACCCCACCCAUAUAGCCAUAUCUAAGUUGGAAGACGUGGACACAGAUCUACUUAAAUCUGUCUAUGACCGAACGGCAGUGCAGGUGAAGGAAGUGCAGAAAUUCAGUAAAGAACUUCAAGUUGCGCCACAGUCGCUAACAACAGCUGUCUCACAAACACUAUAUGCUGAGCCGAAACCCGCACUUCUUGUCGUAGGUCACUCACAAGCAAUAUGGACAGAGCCAAAGCCAGUGAUUAUCAAAGCACCAACACCGGAACCUGUAGUCAUGUCGGCGCCACCUCCUGCGACACAUGAGUUUGGUUGCAAUCCACUUCCUGUUGGUACACAGGGCAAGAAACUUCAAGUUACUCCGGAGUCUUUGGUGUUCGCGUCAGUCCAAACGUUAUUUACUGAACGUACGCGCUCUGUAUAUCGUACCGCUUUUGUGCAGUCUAAAGAUGUUGGGAAAAUUGGCAAAAUGCUGCAAGUUGCUCCAGAACCUUUAGCCAAAGUAUUCACGCAGUCUGUCUACGAAGAUCCUGAAAAGCCCGUCUACAAUAUCGCCAAUACACAGUCCGGGGCUUUCAAAACUCUUGCUAAGAAGCUGCAAGUGCAACCCCAGCCACUGGCCACCGCAUCGUUACAAGCUUUUUGGGCCGAACCGGAACCAGUCCUCAUUAAAUCUAUAACCCCUGAGCCUACCGUAAUGUCCGCACCUCCUGUGGAAGGAAGAGAUUUCAGCUCUUCUCCUAUUCCACAACCAUCGGCUAAUGCUUCCAUUCAAGUUUCGCCAACUGCAACAUUUGCUCACAGAGCUGUUGAUCCUCUUCCAUCUGCUGAAUGCUUCACCAAGAUGCUCCAAGUUACUCCUGAGCUACUAGGUGUAGCCAGCCUGCAAGCGAUCCGCUCAGAGUCUCCUAAACCCAGGGUUUGUCCAUUGUCGGUGGCUCACUCACAAACAAUCCGGGAAAGUGGGCCUUCCGACCGUGGGGAACCGCUCGCAAUAACAACGGCUCAAUCUGUGGGUGUUAAAAGUUUCGGCAAAAAACUGCAAGUUCAACCAAUAGGACUUUCUAGAGUAUCAACACAAACGUUUUGGGAAGAAUCAGCCGUUAUCAAGGCUCCAACUCUCGAAUCCAUUGUGAUGGCCGCACCAUCCUCAUCCGCACAUUUGGUUUCAACACUCGUUCAAGCAGAAAUCCAACCCAUCAUGCCGAUGGUCGAAAAGGUGAACAAAAAGUUGAUGUUUCGACCGCAACUUAUGGAGACGACACAGGUGCAGGCGACUCUAUCCAAGUCAGAGUUAACCUCAAUGGAAAUUCAGAGUGAUUUGCCACUUCCUUAUCAACCUACCAAACCUUCUCUUCAAUUCAGAGGAAUACAAGCGCAUGGUGAUUCACUUAAGAUCUCCACAAGCCAAACAGAAAUUGUUGAACAACCGCUUGUUAUCCAGCCACCAUCGUCUCCAGUACCACUUUACGCAGCGCCUGCAAUAAAAGAGACCUUUGAUUUCGGCACGCAGUACGAGCCCAGUAUGCGAAGUGUGCGGAUACAGAAAGGUGCUGGUGCAUUUGAGAAUGCGAUCCAUAUUGGUGUUCAGAACUCGCCUUCAGAGCCGAGAAGAACACCUCCGAGUCCCAGAGUGCACAAAAUUGAUUGGGGAAUUCAGUGCAAACCAACAGUAAUGGCCGGAAUUACACAAACAGCAAUUGUUGAACAGAUUCCACAUCCAGUCACACCACAAACAUACACAGAAAGCACUCAAACAGAGUACGUGGAAUCACUGCCACCUACCACGAAAAUCGAGGUAAUCCACAGGCCUAUCAAGAAACGCAAAGAAAGUGAACCUCUUUUCUCAUUUGUUCGAGAGACAACUGCUCAGGUAUCUAAGGGGUGCAGAGCCAAAUCACAAGGUCUUAUUCCUUACAAGACACAGGUGGCUACGCAAGGGCAAGAAUACUCUCUUAGUGUGCCGUCCAUGCUCCAUCUAAACGUCCUGGAACAAGGCGCGGCCACCAUGAGCGAGCAAUACUCUUACCAACAGCAACGGUCAACCUCCAUGAACAUUCCCAGACGAUAUGCAAGUAGAAUUCGUUCUCCUUCGGCAAGAGGAACAACUUACGCUGGACGAAACCGUUCAAUGGAUACCAUAUUUGAAGACCUCAGGAAUAAACACAUGCAGGACAGUUUGCCUAGACAUAGCGAAGGUGACCUCUAUUCCGAGAACACUUACGUAAGAGAACUUUUAAGAGUACAGCAAAUGCAACUGGAAGAACGCACAGAAGAAAGUCUCCAACAUUGUGUGCAGGCAGUUGGGAUUGAAAGAGUCUACGCCAUGCUGCGUCAUAUCUGGGAAGAGGCGGAAGAGGAGAAAGCCAUUCAUGAGGAGAUGCAUGGUGGGUUCUACACUUCACGUACGUUCCCAGGCAGAAGAUACACUGAUGUCACGACACAGUACUCGAUUCCAUUUUACGACUUCCACUACGGCUACGGUAGAAAGGAUGCAGCAACCCAAGAAGGUAUUUCCCAUGUGCAAUGGAUACCAAUUCCUCCGGGUCACUUUGUCCAAAUUGAGAGUGAUGGGAGCACUGAUAUAGAUGAAACUUAUGACUGGGAUCCUGACCUAUCAUCUUGGCAUCCCAAGCGCAAUCUCUUCAAAUGGUUGGCUAGAACACCUCUUGACUUUGGGACACAAACUGACGUAACGAAAGCUGAAGAAAACCAAUACAUUGACCGUUUGUUGAGGAGUCGAGCAUUGAGCGCCUACACCAGCGAUUUCGAGAUGCAGCAAGCAGGACUUAAAUUAAACUACCCUGAAAGCGGUACGGUGAGCGUGGUCUCCUGGAGACCGCGUUACCUGGAUGGCGAAGAUCAGCUGGAUGUCGACACGAUCGGUCAGUUGCUGAGAGUUUCAUUGGUUGGUGCGAGGGUGCCAGGCACCGGUGAAGUUAUUUCAGCAGCGGAUGCAUUCUACCGAGGCAUCCUUCGAAUAGUCUACGUGGAUGACAGUCGUGGUACUAUCAUGCCACUUCCGACGGCCAUAACAGCAAAUGCGGUGAUUGUGGAAAAGCAGUACCCAAGAGGUGUGGGAAUCGCAUUACACAGCACCUCACGCAAAUAUCCAGUGGAAUGCCAAGUCCUGUGGAACACUUCGACCCUUCGAAGGAGAACUUACCGAGUGAAUUUCAUUCAAAAAUCGACUGAAGAGCGUGUUAAUCUUUCAACCGCUCUAGAGGAAGGGCUCAUUGACCUUACAAGUGGAGAAUUGGUCAAAAUUCCUAUGCCAUCAACGUCUACCCUACCAGAUCCAUUAUUAGAGUCUAGGGAAUCAACUUUGGGUGCCGGUGAGACCACUCCCGUUAUACCACAUCCGGAGAGAUACAGUGUGCAUGAGGCCAUUCUAAAUGAUAUACUCAAUGUGGAUCUAUUAGCGCCAGAAGCGGUCAUUUUCCCGAGCACGGAAGCGAUACAAGAAAGUGUUGCUCGAGAAGGCGAAGCCUUCUUUUCAAGCCCAGGUCCCGAUGAAGAAUCUGAUAUGGAAGUAUAA